AUGCAUUUGUUCAAAAAGUUCUCACACCACAAAUCGGGGACACGUGUUCCUGCACCGCAAACUUCUCAAGAGCAUAAGGAAGACCACGCUGCCUCAAAUGAAGAUGGUGACGGGGCGGAAGCAAACACUGACAAGGAAUCCGAGGAUGGCCCGAAACGAUUUAUUCAUUUACCUAAUGAACUUCAGAUGGCGAUUUUACAGUACUUAUCGUACGAUGACAUCGCUAAAAUAAGGAGAACAUGCAAAUUGCUGAAUACGCUGUGUUCUUAUUUACUCAACAGAGGUUUCCAACAACUGGGUGUUGACAUAGAUAGGGAAAAGUUAAGAAUCAAACGGGAGCUGCCCAGACGAGAGUCUAUGAGGAGGUCCCAUCGACUUUCACGUCUUAAUGAUGCCUAUGCUGGCUUGGAUACUCGAUUUUCUAUUAUGGCGAUGACCUAUAGGAAGUUCAUUGAUAUGAAGGUCACUUGUUUCAUACCGGGAAAGGUUCUCGAUGAAUUCUUCCGCAUAAUCGACAUUUUAAAGAAGUCACACGAUAAAGGCGGAACAUUGGCAAUAGACAUUCACGAGCUUCUGAAGGAUUUGAGGGACUUGUCAAGCAUGGCCAUGGAACACUUCGAGGAGCAUGUACAGCCUUCGCUAAGUACUACUACAUCAGGAUCAUUAACUUCGGCGUACUUUAUGUCCGUGCAUCCACUACUACGCCCUUCAAUACAAACACCGUCAUCAUCGAGGGACGUAGAUAGCUGUGAAUGGCGCAAGAAUGUUAUGGACAAGUUGGCUCAACAAGACAAAAUUAUUCGGAAACAAAGUGCUGAAAUAAUAUCCCUCAAAUCUUGCAUACGGCAGCUGGUUCUAGUCUGUACGCAGCUAACUAGUCCAGUAUCGCAAAAAGGAGUGGACGAAAUUCUAGAAGGUGUACUUGAUUCGAUGUCAAUGGACGGAGCAACCGUAAGUAUUACACUGCAAAAUUAUUGCGAAGAUAAAACAGUGUUAACGCUAAAAUGA